GUAACCUCCUGUCAGCUAAGUCAGGUCUCUUUGGCCCUUUCCUUAUUAUCUCCUUGCUCUUCUGCGUCUUUCUGUAUCUUGGUCUCAGUAAUGGAUCCAAAAUGGUUUCCUCCCCCAGAUCGCCCCUUCCAACCUGGCGGCCGAAGCGUGUUCGGCGCAGGAGUCAUUGGCAUGACUACCUUGUUGUUUCCACCCGGGCGAUUUCGCCAGAUAAUGCCCAUACCUCUGAUCCUUUGGAUACUUUGGAACCUGCGACAGCACACCGCUGGAAGGCCUGAAGAGGACUAUCUAAAUGCCAUCAAUGUCUGCUUGAUCUUGCUCAGAUGCAUCGAUGUUGGAGUGUUGCAUAAUGCCGAGCAGGCGUUCCGCCGAGUAAAAUCGGAUGGUACAACGGAGACCGAAGAGGACAUAGAAAAGAUGACCACCUGGCAAAAGUUCCGCUGGAGUUUACAACUCUUCACAACCAUGCGUGGAAUUGGUUGGAAUUGGCGCGUCAAGAAUGUUGACCAAGUCCCCAGACAUAUCUCUCGCAGUCGAUUCGUCCUAGAGCAGGUUGCCAGAGCCUUCUACUCCUUCCUCUACAUGGAUAUCAACGGGUGGUGUAUGCGUCGGCUUCCUUGGGGAGAUAGGACCGCUUCCGUUUCCGAUCCCUUCGCCUUACCACUCUGGCAACAGAUUCUCCUUGGAUGGUCUUCUGCCUUCCACAGUGGAUUUACAAUGGCCUUCAGCUAUUACCUUGGAGCGGCGGUCGCUGUCGGUUCUGGGCUCUAUACGCCUCAAUCGUGGCCUCCGAUCUACGGUUCAUUCGUCAAAAGGGGUUACACAGUAAGGAACAUAUGGGGUUGUUGUUGGCACCAACUCCUUCGCCGGAUAUUUGAGAGUGUAAACAAGCCUCUUCUGCAAGUGUUGAGGGUCAAGACCGGUACUCUAGCCUCACGGUAUUUACAGCUAUACAACGCUUUCUUCGUGUCAGCUCUUAUUCAUCAUGCGGGUGCACUCAAUUGCGCGUAUUCUUCCCUUGGUUGGUGCCAGUUCUAUUUCUUCAUGAUCCAGCCAGUCGCAAUCAUGUUCGAAGACCUCGUCAUAUAUUUUGGCAAGAAGGCGGCCUUAAAGGACACAUGGAAAACUAGAGCGGUCGGAUACGUUUGGGUUGUCUGUUUCUUGAGUUAUUCCCUUCGAUAUGCAGCCAAGGGUAUUCUGGCUGCUGGGUUGGGCGGAGUCAGACAUCCGGUUGUGGACAAAUUUAGCAUCAUGGACCGACUGUUCGGAUAGGGAGGCAUGUCUUGAUCGGUUUGACAGUUAUGGACGGUGGUGUGUGCUGGCAGUUUGCGCCACAUGGCGAUCUGUAACUUGUUGGUGAAGCGGUAACGGGGGAUCUUCUCUCCUCAACUCAUGAUGUAGCAGUAGACAGCCCACUCAGGCAAUGACCAUCAGAUCA